UCCUGAUGACGGAGGCAAGAGUUGUCCGCUUCUGCGUGAAUAACACUGUUAGGGAAAAGGUUAUAAACUACUAGUAAAAUCCAGUUAUAAAUAUGUUUAUCUGACAACGCUAGUUAAACCUUGACUCUUCUAAGUAAAAAAUAAAAAAUGGACUCUGAUAAUAAUCUCCAGGAUGUAAUAAGAUGCCAUUUUUGCGAAAUACCUGCGCCACAACUACAUUGUGACACCUGUCACACCAAUCUCUGUAAGGUUUGUGCAGGGGAACAUCAUAUGGACGAAACCAAAAUCCACAAAGUACUGCCAAUCAAAAAGAGAUCUUACACCCCUACCUAUCCUACAUGUCCAAAACACAUCACAAAACAAUGUAAACUCCACCGUGAGCAAUGCGACAAAGCAAUAUGUAUAAUUUGUGUGGCAUCCGUGGAACAUAAACAGCAUAAAGCUGUUGACAUCAUGGAAACUUUUCAACACAAAAAAGAAAUUAUGGAAAAAGAUUUAAAAGAGUUAGAAAUGUCCAUUUUUCCGCAUUAUAAACGGUAUGCGUCAGUUUUACCAGCUCAGAGAGCCGACCUGCAAGAAAAAUGUCAGAAAUGGAAAAGAUAUUACAUCGAACAGGAAGAAGACUGUCAUGCAGAAAUUAUCAAAGCAAUCGGCAGAAAAAAGUCUGAAAUCAGCGGUGUAUUAUCCAAAUAUCAAUCUGUCUUGGACAAUCUGGAACAAGAACUGCAACACAAAAUUUCUGAAAUCGCACAUAUUAUUCAUAAUCUAAAAGAUUUACUGAACUCUAAUGAUAUGAAUCUCGUCUCUUCGUAUAAAUCAUGCCACGAUAAAUUCAGACAAUUGCCUCCAAAAUUUGAAAUAUUUAUACCAAACACAAUUCCAAAGCCAGUAAACGCAGGAAAACUCUGUGAACAAUUUGCGUCUAUGUCGUUAUUCACCAUUACAGCUGAGAAAAAUGAGUUGCCAGGUGAUGAACUUGUAUCCUUUCACUCAGAGAAGCUUUUUCUGAAUCAGCCAUCAUGUGUCACAGCUAUUAGAACAGAGCAGCAACAUUUACACAGUCACAGUGUGGUCUGUCUGAGUGAUGAGGAACUAUGGACAACAAAUCAGAAUAAUAUCAUGAAACUCUUCAACAUCGAAGGAAAACUAUUAAAAUCAAUCAAAACCAUAUCAGGAAACGUACCAGAAGGCAUAGCAGUGACAAAGAAUGGAGAUCUUGUUUACACUGAUUCUAAUGAAAAAACUGUGAACAUUGUGAAGAAUGACAAGAUAGAGUUAUUGGUAAGCCUAUGCGGUUGGAUACCUCUUGAUAUAUGCAGUACCUCUUCUGAUGAAUUUUUGGUCAUCAUGAUCAGUGAUGAUUAUCAGAAAACAAAAAUUGUGCGUUACUCUGGCUCCACUGAGAUACAGUCAUUUGAUAUUCAAUUGAUGAAUGACUGUUCAACGACGAGAGAAAAUAACAUUAACCACAUAACCGAGAAUAACAACUUUGAUAUCUGCGUGGCUGACUAUAAUGCCAAAAUGGUUUUUGUGCUAAACAAGGUUGGCAAGCUCAGAUUUAUGUACACUGGGUGUUUAUAUUGUUACAGGACAAUAUUAAGUCCGAGUGGCAUCACUACUGAUAGCCAAAGUCGAAUCUUGAUCGCAGACUAUAACAACGACUGUAUUCAUAUCAUAAAUGAAAAUGGGCAGUUUCUCUGCUGCAUUGACAACUGUGAUUUACGCUAUCCAUGUGGUUUAUGUGUAGACACAAAAGACAAUCUGUUCGUGGCUGAGGGUGACACCGGUCUUGUGAAGAAAAUCCAAUAUUAUACGUGAAAAAUACUAUUUCUACAAACAGUGUCCAUUUGUGCUUGUUUUUGUGCAAGUUCGCGCGCGUGCAAUUUUAUUGUCUUUGGUGUGUUGAAAAAACAAGAGACAAAUGUAGUGAUACAUGUAACUGGUUUAUGAACCGUAAAACAAGUAACAUGAUAUAGUUUUUUAACUAAUGAAACAUGCAUUUAAUGAUUUUUUGAUAAAGACAAUGACAAGAAAAAUCUUGUACGUGGAUUAAAUGACGAAGAAGGGAGACAGAAAUGGAACAGAAUAUCGAUUGUGAAUUUGUUUUAAAAAACUAAGGAUCCUCUUUACAAUAUUAUGUUUUCAUUCACUAACAUAUCAUUUAGAUUUGUUGUAAUUUCUUUGAAAUAUAUAAUUUUUAUUAUAAUAUAUAUACGAUCCUCAAUUUUUCUGAGCCUGUUUUAAAAACAUAUUCUACAAUUAUUUAAGCAACAAUUGGUCCCUCCACUUUUUUUUCUGGCUCGUCAUUUUAUAAUACGAUACUAUGUGGCCGCAUUGAAAAACUUUGUGUAU